AUGGAUCUCAACAACACUCCUUCCAAGGUGGAGUUGAAGCGACCGUUUGCAGAUAUGGCGACUGGCGACAGACCAGCGAAGCGGCAGUCGAUAUCGCCGCUAACAUCGCCUUCCUUCUCGCGCGGCAGCACUGUCACCCUCGAUGGGGAUAAUGACAAUGUCAUCGGCGCCUCACGCAAGAUUGCCAACAACCUCGCCGGUCUUUACACGUAUUUCAGCGAACAGACACCGCCGCCUCCUUCGCCAGGCAAGCCCCAAGAGUCAAAUAUCUCCGAAGACAUGCCCAUGGAAACCACUAAUGACGAAGAAACAACCCCUCCCGCAGCCACCUCAGCACCACCCGCCACGGAUUCCGAUGAAGAAUACAUCGCCAACGCCCAAGCAGCACUCAAAUACGUCGACCCGUUCGGCCCCAACGGCACUGAGAAAGAAAUGCUAGAAGCAAUCGCACAGCCAAUACCAGAACUCGCCUUCCGGCCCUUCGGUCUCAAGAACCAAUCCUCCUUUGCUCAAGAUCUAUUCGAGGACCAACCCAUCCCUCUCUCCUCCCUCCGCUACCCCCCCAUCUCCAAAAACUUCCCCGACGUCAAAGACGAGCUGCUAGAUCUGUACAUCAAACUCAACACCUUCAACGUCAAAGUCUGGUCCAACUACGAUGCUUCUAAGAAGAAGUUCUUCGACGACGAACCACGUCUUAGCGACUGCGGGAGACUCAUCCUUUCGCCCAACGUGCGUAUGCGGCUUGAGGUUUUGGACUCGGGCAGAGUAGGUCUGGAACUCCCAAAAGUUGAAAUGGAGAUCGGAACUGCUUUCCGGACAUUGGGCGUGCUGUAUCUGAAGUGGGUCAAAAAUGGCAUCGGAGGUCUGUAUGAAGUGGAAGUUUCAGCGGUGAUGCUUGAGGGCUACGAGUACGACUGGUUGAAUUGGCCACGUGGUCCGGUCAGGCAACAGAUUAGCGUGGCGAUGAAUCAGGUUGCAGCACGACCCAAGGAGGAGUGGGAAGGGAAGGGUGGAUUUAAGUUGGGAGAUUUGGAUUUUGUUGCGAGCAUGUUUUUGAGGUUGCGUGAGAGAGGAUCCGUUUGA